AUGGUGCGCAACAUUGUCAUCCUGGGCGGCAACUCCCACCCCCAACUGACCGAGAGCAUUUGCAACAUCCUCUGCAUCCCUCCUAGCAACCGCAUCCUCUCAAAAUUCUCCGGCGGCGAAAGCCGCUGCGAGAUCAAGGACUCCGUCCGAGGCAAGGAUGUCUACAUCAUCCAGUCCGGCUCCGGCAAUGUCAACGACAACCUCAUUGAUCUCUGCAUCAUGAUCUCCGCCUGCAAGACCGGCUCUGCCAAGCGCGUCACCGCCGUCGUGCCCCUCUUCCCCUACUCUAGGCAACCCGACUGGCCCUACAACAAGUCCGGCGCUCCUCUAACUCAGUCUUCGGGCUCUUCGAAAAAGGACUACACGUUCGAGAGCGUCCCAGCUACACCCCGUCCCGGUGUUCCCAGGUCCGCCGGUUUGACCAAUGGGGUUAACAACCUCACCGAGAAGCUCACAAAGACCUCCCUCGCCAAUGAAGCCACCAAUGGCGCUACAACAAACGGCAACACUAAUGGCAACGGCCAUGACCACUUCGCAGCCCCCCGCCGUUCUGAUACCAUCUCCAGCAAUAGCUCCGCCCGCGGCCACCACGCUGAGAGCUCAAUUUCCUCACUGAGGAGCUACACCACUCACGACUACGAGAACCCUCACAACGUCAACGCCUUCCAGCAGUCCAAGCCCGGCUACAAGCAGUGGGUUGCGCAGGCUGGCACCCUCGUCGCCGACCUGCUAACUUGCGCCGGCGCCGAUCACAUCAUCACCAUGGACCUCCACGACCCCCAAUACCAGGGCUUCUUCGACAUCCCCGUCGACAACCUGUACGGCAAAGCGUUGAUCCAAAAUUACAUCCAGACGAGCCUUCCCGGGUACCGGGACGCCGUUGUCGUCUCCCCCGAUGCCGGAGGCGCGAAGCGCGCCACACUCAUCGCCGACAGCCUCAACAUGGACUUUGCGCUUAUUCACAAGGAACGCCGUCCCACUCGGUUCACCGAGCAGCGCAACGCCAGUAUGAUGCUUGUUGGCGACGUUGCAAACCGCGUCUGCAUCCUUGUCGAUGACAUCGUCGACACGGCCAACACCAUCACCCGCGCCGCCAAGCUGUUGAAAAAAGAGGGCGCUCUCAAGGUUUACGCCCUCCUCACCCACGGUGUCUUUAGCGGCGACGCCAUUGCUCGCAUCAAUGCCUCGAGCAUUGACAAGAUUCUCGUCACCAACUCCGUGCCGCAAUCUGAGCACCGCCGACUAUGCCCGAAGCUGGAGGUGAUUGACAUAUCUCCGGUCUUUGCCGAGGCUAUCCGCCGAGUCCACCACGGCGAGUCCAUCAGCGUGCUCUUCCAGCACAACUGA